AUGCGGCAUACUCACCGCGUCAAUCCUUUGCACAAAGUAGAAUGUUGGACAGGCACACACUUCCGGCCGGCUCAGCUAUGGGAGACUGGUACCUAUAUCCUUAUACUCCAUCAUAUAGGAGAUUCUAUAUGUUCUUCAUUGAACUUCCAGAUUAAUUAUCUUGAAAAUAUUGAAGAAACCAAGGACGAGGAGGAACAAAAUCAACUACAACAAUUGAAAUGGAAACAAGCGCCCAUUGAGCAGUCAACAGAAUACACAAACGGUAUUGAUAUUCAGAUGGAAAAUCUUGAGGAAGACCCAGAGAAUUUGGAUCCAAAUGGCCCUACAGAUGAAGAGUUUGAGGCAUACCUAAACAGGUGCCGAGAAGAUCCUCAUUCAUUAGACAAUAUUCAAGACUGUAAUGAUGAAGAAGAAGUAAGCGAAGCAGAGGCAGAUGUACGGGACAUGCCUCAAUAUCUCCGACCACAGUCGGCAAACAAAGGCAUUCCGACAGGGACUCCAAAGACUGACGGACUCAAUAAUGCCUAUAUUCGGGCAAUUCAUACUAAUGGUGUCCACCACCUAGCCAUGGUUUAUUGUGUAUGCCAUGGAGCCAACAAUCUUCCUCUGGAUCUCAUUGCAAAAAAGCCAUCUCGAGAUGUCUGGCUUUCAGAAGGUAGUGGCAUGAUACCCGACCGCGCAGAGUAUCAUGCAUUUCUUAAAUCUGCUAUUGAGGCAUUGACAGGUGCUCCAUGCGAGAAUACAUUUCGAAUUGUCGGCAUUGCAUGUGCCCAACAUGGGUGCUAUGCUCCAAAUGCACUAGUUGAUCUUUUUAAAGAUGAGCAGCAGAAAAAUGUAGACUUUGCAUUUUUAGCUGCACUUGCAUCAACUGGUGUCCAUCCCGACCAAGGCACUAUGGUUAUAUAUGAUAUUGUCUGCUAG